UCAGUGCAAAAACUAUAGUUUCAUGUGAUUGAUGAAUCAAUUGUCUGUGGGCUGAUAUUCUCAGUGACUCAAUUUCGUAGUUAAAAGUAUAUAAUAUACCAUAAAUGGUCACUGUCCGAUUGCAACGAGCGAAUUUUGGGUCCAGCGUCCAACACUGAUCAUUUGAACAUCUUGAAAAAAAAGUCUGUUAUGGCGGACUUGGCGCAAUUGCAGAGAAAAUCACACGCUGAGGAAUUUGAGGGAGCACCCGCCUUAUUCAGAGCCAUGGCAUCCUCUCCAAACGAUGGCUACACCUACAAUUGGAGCGUCGUAUCAUUUCCGACAGAUGAUUAUGACAGUUACGAUCCAUCCGAGUCCCAGGUCAACUGUACGGUUCUUUAUUUGGAUCAGUGCACAUCCUGGAACAAGUGCCGCCAAACAUGUUUAAAGACUGGAGCCACCAGUUACAGAUGGUUCCACGAUGGCUGUUGCGAAUGUGUGGGCGAACAUUGUGUAAAUUACGGUAUAAAUGAAAGCAGGUGUCGCAUGUGUCCUGAGCCGGGAUCCGAUGACGAAGACGAGGAUUAAAAACAUACAUUUCCGAAUAGUUUUAAGCUGGAAGAAAAUAAAUCUAAAAAUAUUAAA